UCAUUUAUUUAUUGUUCGCUUUCACUGCCUUUAGUCUGUAUCUACCUUUUCUGUUGAGUAAAACAUUUUGCAGCAUUUUACUGUGAGACCUUUGCAGAGCUACACUGUCCAAAUCAUCUUGAGGAAAUAUAAUGGCUACUUCUACAUUGCUGGACAAACCAUGGAGGGAACUACGAUGGGGAGAGAAGGAGAAGGAACUUCAGUAUGUGAAGGAGUACAAACCUGAAAUUGAAGACGUUAAGCAUCUUCGAGUCCUCAUGUUUGGACAUGUUGGAGCCGGAAAAUCCAGUUUCAUCAACUCCGUCAGUAACGUCCUCCGAGGCCGAAUGUCCAUUCCUGCUUUGACCAGUGCGACCACCUCCGACAGAAGCUUCACCAUAAAAUAUGAAACUUAUAAAAUCCAAGUAGGACGAGGAACUUCAAAGACAUUUCUUCCUCUGGUUUUCAACGACGUCAUGGGUCUGGAAGACGGGAACAACCGUGGGAUUCAUGCUAGCGACAUCACAUUGGCUAUGAAAGGACACGUAAAGGAGGGUCACAAGUUUAACCCAGUAGGCCCACUGACUAAAGACGAUUAUGGUUACAACCCAAAUCCCUCACUUAAUGACAAGGUUCAUGUCCUGGUCUGUGUGAUGUCUGCCAACGCUCCAGAGAUUAAUGCUUCAGUUCUGCAGAAGAUGAAGGAGGUCAGAGAAACAGCCAGUAAACUGGACAUUCCUCAGAUGGCCAUGAUGACCCACAUCGAUGCUGCCUGCGGGGAAAUAGAGAAAGACGUGAAGAAUGUUUACAGAAGCAAACACUUGCAAAAAAAGAUGAAAGACUUCAGUGCAGCAGUGGGAAUCCCUAUGAACUGCAUCUUCCCAGUGAAGAACUACAGCGAAGAAAUCAACAUGAAAAACGAUGUUGAUAUCCUGAUCUUGAGUGCCCUGAGGAAAAUGGUCGACUUUGGAGACGACUUCAUUGAGAAACAUUUAAAUUGAUAUUAACAGUUUAAGAAGAGGGCUUGCGGGGCAUUAAAGUUUAAAAAAGAAAAUGGUAUGCUGGAAACUAUUUCUUGAAUAAUUAAUAUUCAGAAUAACUUGUAUUUACCUGGAUGUGGUGUUUGUACUGCUUGAUCAUAUUAUGCAAAACUUUAGUCUGGAAUAUAAAUAUUAUUGGAAGUACUUGUUUUACAAAAGGAAAUUCUUUGAAGUUUUCUCUGGACAGCAUCGACAUUGAAACAGAGGAGACAUUAACUCAGAGCUAUUUGUAUGUGUUGGCUAAACAAUGACUAAAUAAAGUUGUUGCACAUUGA